AUGGACCACUCUCGAGCAGCACAUGGGCUUCGCCAACUCCAGAACCGUCGUCGCCCUCUCCUGACGCUACGCAGCAUCGGUGAGCUCUUUCAACGCAUCAAACAAAGCGUUCGUUCGCGCAUCCACUUGGCUCGUCUGAGCCCUCGUCGUGUGCAAGAAGACCGAAGCACCCAUCAUCCCGUCGUGCCCCGUGCAUCUAGAAACAAUCCUCCAGACACGUCAGUACUGCAGCCUUUUGCCGUCGGUACAUUCAUCAUGUCGUCUUGUAGAAGCACAAGACGUGCAACUGGGCAGUUGCGUACUCUCGACCAAAGCCCGCUCGAACAUGCUCUUCGAAGAUCUCGUCGUGUGGCUGGAGAGUCUCCGGAAUCCGGACCCUACUACCCUCCGCCUCGUCGAUCGCCGCGCCGACACGUAACAGAACGACACGAUGCAUCUCCCGAGUCACUGUCUCAUCCACCUCCUCCAUCGUCGCCUUUCACUUUCGAGCAGCCUCACCCUCUUGUGCCCGAGCCUGGUUUCACCUCUGCCAGACCUUCUAUUGCAGACGUUCUAUAUCUUCAGACCCAGCCUCCACGCCUCGAUCAACCAUUGCACGUGAUCAUGGCGCAACCUCACCCUCUCCCUCCUCAGCUGUCUCCCCAUGCUGCGCUUCCUUGCCCUGUGGAGCCAGACGCUUCCCCAGAAACACAUCCGCAGACACUGCCCACUCAUAUCAAGGUUGAAGAAGUGCCUCCAGCCAAAGACGUCAAACCAGAAUGCCAAGUCUGUUUUGAUGCCAACGGAGCUCCCGUCGUCCAACCGUGCCGCCACUGCACUCUCUCAUACUGCGCAGAUUGCCUGAGAAGGAUGUUCCUGAGUGCUACCCGCGACUCGGAUUGCAUGCCCCCGAGAUGCUGUGCCAUUCUUCCAAUCACCAUUGCACUGGACUUUCUCUCUACCAUCGAAGCCGACGAAUAUCGCCUAAAGUUCGAAGAAUGGCUUUCUGUCAGGAAGACUUACUGCCCUGUUCCCAAGUGCUCACGCUUCAUCCCGGACGGUGCUGUUCUCCUGCCACCCCCUACAAACGCUAUCAACCUUUGGGGUCUUAUUAAACAGGAGCUUCCUGCUAUCUUGAUAAGGCUCAAGCACGCUCCCUGUUCUCGUUUUUUCAGGGGACCUACCGAUCCUGCUCAUAUCAAGGUUGAGGAUUGGAAGCUUCCAAAGCGGCAUAUGCUCUGGUUGAACGACAUUUACGCAAAAUCGCCGCGUUACGCCAAUAUCGACGAGUUCACUACCGACUUCAAUCGACUCGUCAACAGCGUUCGCUCGAUGCCUGCGCAUUUCCCACUUGCUUUGAGCGCCGAAGAGAUGCGCAAGCGCUUGUGGCAGGAAAUCAGCAGCAUCAGAUCUCGACCCAACAGUAAAUUCACAGCUCUACCUACUGGUGCUUGCUUCUCUUGUCCAGGUUGUCAUAUCGGUAUAUGCCCUAGCUGUAAGCAGGUUGCUCACUUCGGAGAACCAUGCGAUACCACUGCUCAAGAUCACGAGUUGGCAAUGCUUAAGACGUACGGCUACAAGAAAUGUCCUCGUUGCGGUCAUGGAGUGAAGAAAAUGUAUGGUUGUCGUCACAUGCAAUGUCGUUGUGGCGCUCAUUGGUGCUGGGGCUGUCUCUCGCCUAUAGAUCAGUGUGACGGGGGUUGCACGCCACCUGAUCCCGACAGUGAGGACGGUGAGGACUACAACGAUGAUGAGGUUGAAACUCCUCCUGCCGGACCCCUUCUACAGGAAGCCCAGAGUACUGAUGAAGCUGUUCCGGCCGCUGUCUUGACAUCACCAGCCAUCACUGCACCAGCAGACAACACCUCCAACGUCCGAAUGGAAGCCGUUGCGCCGGCAGCUUUCACUGAGCGUCCAGUCAACCUUGACGCUGGCGGUCGACGUGUUUGGGAAAACAAUGGUGCUUUCUUUGGCGAAGAACCUGACGAUGAACGCCAUGCUCCGAUCUGGUCAUGCCUACAUGAGUUCAGACCUGCAAAACUCCCUGAUCAUGCGUACAGCAGGGGUGUGCCACUUGGCACCGAAUGCUUCCGUUGUUUCUCCAGGACGUAUGCAACAAUUCAGAAGACCAACGUCAACUCCUCAUCAAGAAGUCCGAGUCCUCCAGACAGAUACAAGCAUACCGCCACAGGAGACGUAGCAUGGGAGUGUGACAAGUGCGAUAUGUCACUUUGUGGUAUAUGCAAGAACGAUGUCAUGGCAGAGCGAGGCAUUUGA